AGUAAUUUCAUUACUCAUCUACCUGAACACCUCGUCCCCAAACCCCAAUUGAAACACUCAAGGCUAAACUCCAUUUCUCCACUGAACCAGGGGCAGGCGCUCUACCUGCGUCUUUUCGGGCCAUGUCCUCGUCAGAGCAGCCUCUCAAGAAGCGGAAGCUCUACGAGACUCGACCAGAAACACCGCCGCCAGAACAACCACCAGAAACCCCGGCUGAGCCUCAGAGCACCGUAGCUCCACCCCCCCCACUGUCCCAAGAGCAAAUUCUCGCGAGACGGAAGAACAGAGAUGAGAUUAAAAACGUCUACGAUACUUACAAGCGCCUUAAGUUCUGCGUUGCUCUAAAAGAGAAGCGCCACAUGCCCGACCUUGAACAAGCUUAUCUCUCUCUCGUUAAUGCUUCAAAAGGUUGCACUAGUGUACAGCGUAUACUAGCUGAUCUCAUUCCUCGAUAUGCAUCAUACUGUCCAACUGCACUUGAAGCUGCUACUAAAGUUGUGAUCAAUAUGCAUAACUGGAGCAUGACAGUGAUAAAUAGAGGAGAGGAUUCUAAUGGUGUUGCAUUUGAGACUGCUAAGGCCUGUAUUUUUGGUUUAGCUGAUAUCUGCCGCACUACUUCUUUGGAGGCUCCAGCAACAUCUGUAAUCCAAGGCAUCUGUUCUGCAGUUUUUCAGAAUGUGCUCUCCUUUUUGAUGUCCUCCUUUGAGGGAAAAGAUGCCUUACAGAUAGUUGAUGAGGAAAUAUUGAAGAUGCAAGGUUCUGCUGAGGUCUUUUCUGGGCUGAAGCAAAAAUUUUCUGAUGAAGACAGAUCUUCAACAGUUAAAUUAUCCAAAUUUCGGGCACUAUGUAUGCUCUGGAUCUUCUUUUCUUGUCCAAAAAAUAUGCUUGCAGCAUGUUUUGAGCUAUUCAAAUCUGCUGCCCCUGAGGGCAUUCAUGAAGCAGAGUGUUUUCUUAGUCAGUUGACAAGCAGCCUUGACGGUGAUGUUGUGCCUCUUCUCUCAGAUAAAGCUCCUGAUAGGGCAGCUUCAUGCAAAAGCUGUAACAAAACAAGUUUCAUAAGCAAUGAAGUUAAUGGUGAGGACUUUUUAUCAAAUAGCAACCAUGUUUUAGCAGAUACAUAUUCUGUCCCGCGGAACUGCUUGUUGCAACUGGUUCUUGGUAACAAUGCAUCAUUGAGAAGUUGGAUGUUCUCAAAGUAUAAGAAGCAAUGCAACGUGCCAUCUUUUAUAGCUGCAUCAAAAAUUAGAUCUACCCUGGAAAGGAUCUUUGAAUCAUUUACAGAACUUAGUAAACUAGAAGAUAGCCUUAUGGACAGUGAUGAGGAUGAUUCUGAUGCCUCAAAAUUUAUCAAUCGGCAAUACUCAGUACCCAGGAUCUCCAAUCAACAUGAAAUCUCUAAUGAUCUCUCCAGUAAAGAUGGUACUAGUCUUGAUAAUGGUGGGUCAAGGUCCAUGGAUUUUGAGAUAAGUGAUCAUGCCAAUUCUUCACAUGGCAAGUCUUCCCUACCUAGAGACCUAUUGAACCAACAGAUGCUUUCACCUGCCACAAGAAAAACAUUAGACUCUAGGAACAAUUCAUUUGAAGGUAGAAACCACACUGUUCAUAUUGACAAGAAUUCAGCUUCAAAUAUUGACUUCAGUUCACCAGUCAUGAGAUCUGCUAGUGGAACCACAAAUAAUGCUUUUGCUUCUCCUAAACAUCAUUUGGGGACACAAUAUGGUUCAAUGACUCAAACUGUUUGGUUCUGCGAUGGGGACCCUGCUGCAAUGGAUAUUUUCUCCGCUUCUAGACAACUUUGGUUGGGUUCUUUGGGUCCUGAUGCAUCUGAAGCUCAUGUGAAGUUUCAACUUGAGAGGUUUGGCCCUAUAGAACAAUUUUUUAUGUUUCCAGUCAAAGGAUUUGCCUUGGUGGAGUACAGGAGCAUAAUUGAUGCCAUAAGGGCUCGGGAAUACAUGCGUUGCCAUUUUCCUUGGCAGAUAAAGUUCAUGGAUAUAGGAUUGGGAACUAGGGGAGCUAUGAAUGGUGUUGCAGUUGGUUCUAGUUGUCAUGUUUAUGCUGGAAAUAUCUCAAGCCAAUGGGCAAGGGAUGAGAUUCUGCAUGAAUCAAGGAAAGUGAUUUACAAGGGCCCUUACAUGGUCACUGAUCUUGGCAAUGAAGGAGCAUUACUUAUGGAGUUUGAAACUCCUGAAGAAGCUGCUGCUGUCAUGGCACAUCUCAGGCGGCAUCGGAAGGAUAAAAAUAAUCAUCUGCCACCUUUUAAUGCUGGAUCAUCUAAUGUUCCCUUGCCUCAACUGGAUGGUGGAAGAUCAAUGCCAGCCCCAAUCCAUGCUGAAAUCAGAACCAAUAAUUCUGGAAGCAUGUGCAAGAUUGAGUCUCCUUGUGCUCAAACUGCAAUCGGGAGCCCUGCUGACAGCUGUAGGACAAGGAUGUCUCACUUAUCUUCCUUAGUUGCAUCGUUAUGUGCAAAGUACAACAUUAAAAAAAACCCAAAUUAUUUUGACAAUUAUACAUACGGAUCCAGCAAUACUGCUAUGGCAAGGGAUGUGGACCAAGUGCCAUCAAGCACCCUUUGGAUUUGUAUUCCAAAUGUUAGCUCCCCUCUCAUCACAGAUGAUGACCUAAUGUCAAUUUGCAAUCUUGCUAUUGCUAAUGUCGGGUCUAUAGUCAGGUUGAUGCGAGCAAACACACAGAUGGGGUGUGGUUGGUUUGUUGAUUGUGGCAAUGUUGAUGCUGCAAGCACUGUCCUGACAAAUCUUCGAAGUUGUCCUGGAAUGUUCUUGCAGGUUGAAUUCAGUCAACCAGGAAAGAACUAUACUGUGCCAUUCCCUAUAAAGUCUGACGGCAGCUCUAUGGAGCUUGUAUCGCCCCGAAUAAAACCAGAGAAUCAUGGGUCUACAGUACAAGCUGUACGUUCAUUUGGGGGGGUGGACCCUUUGCAAGGAGGUGGCCAUGCUGUUUCUGCUGCUACUGAGCAAACUUGGAUGUACAAGAAAAAUGAAAUGGAGUUGCAUCCUGCACCUGGGAGCAUUCCAAGCGUACCCAUAGGAGCUCAGGGACGACCUAUUCUCCCACCACAGCAGUUCCAGCCAUCUCAAUUUGUCCGACCUGUUUACCUUCCUCCAAACAGUGCAUGGGAUCCACGAGGUUCAAAUCAUCAUGUUCCUUUGAACCCAAUCUCACCAGUGGUAGUGCCCAAUAGCUUUCAGGGUAGCACUGUUGCACCCCCUUUUAUACCUGCUUCUGUCACUCCAUUAGCACAGAUACAUAGACCUCCAAUGCAACAAUUUGACCAAAUGUUCUCCUUACCUGUUGUUCCACCACCCUUAUCAUCUAUGCCGCCUCCGCCUGAAAUGCCCCCUCCACCGCCACUUCCCCCUCCACCUGUUGUACCGCCACCUUUAGCAUCUAUACCACCCCAGCCUGAAAUACCCCCUCCAUUGCCACCAUCCCCGCCACCUGCUCCUCCUCCACCUCCACCCUUUUCAGAAUCAACUGAUGUGGAAAAUUCUGGAAGGUCUAAGCAAUAUCAGUGGCAGGGCACAUUAUGUAAAAGUGGGGUUCAUUAUUGCACAAUUUAUGCAUAUAGAGUUAAUUCUGAUAUUUGCAAAUAUUCAAGUCCAGUUUCUGAACCUGUGGAAUGGCCCUCUAAACUAGAUAUGACCAAACGCACAGAUUUUCGGCAUGUGAAAUCAACAUUUACAAGUACUCCACCACAUAAAAGGGAGGUGUGCCUGUUGAUUCCAUCUUCUGUGAGUGAUCAAAAAGGCUUUCAGGACUUCAUAUCAUACUUGAAGCAAAGGGACUGUGCUGGAGUAAUUAAAAUCCCAGCUGUGAAAUCCAUGUGGGCAAGGCUUCUCUUCAUACUUCCCUACUCGCAUGAAACGUGUUCAAUGCUUUCUAUUGCACCUGAUUCAUCCAACUGCCUGAUUGCUUUGGUUUUGCCCAAAGAGACAAACUUCGAAUGGGUUUGAGACAAACUUCGAAUGGGUUAGAUCAUAGCUUUUGGUGGAAAAUAAGCUUAGCAGAGUCAAUUCUGCCAUAUAGUUUAUUUGUGAAGUCUUAAAGUGGAAAUGUGAUCUCUGGAAGGCAUGUUUUCUGUUUGAUGACAGUUACAGUUAUCAAUCGAAACUAGUGUCAAUGCUAGUUCCAGUUAUGAACACCUCUGGGGAAAUGCACCUGCUGCCGUAGCUAAUUGCGUAGCUCUGGAAGCAUGUGUACAUGGCUUGUUGCAGGACAAAAAUCAAUUGAUUGAAUGCUGUUGGUCCUUUGAGUGAUUGAGUGAGAUAUUGGAUGCAACAAAUACCUUGCGGGCACAUUUCCAGAGUAGGAAAAACUCUUUGGUGCAAAUCCUGCUGCAUGCUAAACGAGAUUAUAAGCAGGUUUAAUUUUGUUUUUGUGGUGGUUGAUGGUUUUCCCAAGAAUUCCGAUAUUGUGGAAUACUGUAACAGUGAUGAAGCAAUUCGUUGUGAUUGCAGCUUGAAACACAGGCAAAUGUAGUUCAACUGAUGCUUGGAGAAACAUUGUCAUUUUGUACUAUUUUACCAUGUCGGCACAAAAUGAUAAGGAGACUGUUCUUUGAUUCCAGUGUUAUGACAUGUAAAUAAAUUCUUUUUGUAUGUAAAUAUUUUUAGGAAAAUUUCAAAUUUGCUCUUGUUCUAUUA